AAAAAUAUGCUGCUAAACAAAUUGAUAGUAGUUUUUUUGGUCUCAUUUCUCGUUGUUAAUAGUAUAGUGGCUGAGAAUCCUUAUAGAUUCUACGAAUGGAAUGUUACUUAUGGUACUAUUUCUCCUCUUGGUGUUCCACAACAGGGAAUUUUGAUCAAUGGGCAGUUUCCUGGACCUGAUAUUAUUUCUGUCACAAAUGACAAUAUUAUUAUCAAUGUCUUCAACAAUUUAGAUGAUGAUUUUCUUAUUUCAUGGCAUGGAGUGCAAAAUAGGAGAAAUUCAUUCCAAGACGGAGUAUGGGGCACGACGUGCCCCAUACCACCAGGGAAGAAUUUCACAUAUCGUUUGCAAAUGAAGGAUCAAAUAGGAAGCUUUUACUAUUUCCCUUCAACUGCAUUUCACAAAGCUGCUGGUGGUUUUGGUUCCAUCAGGAUCUUUAGUGGACCUUUUGUAACUGUUCCUCUCCCUGCUUAUUCUGGCGAUUUCAUCGCCCUUAUUGGAGAUUGGUACAAGAGAAAUCACACGAACCUUAAAGCAAUUCUUGACAGAGGCCACAAGUUGCCUUUUCCUGAUGGUAUUCUUAUCAAUGGUCGUGGCCCUAAUGGCGCUUCCUACACAGUUGAUCAAGUGCAAACGUAUAGACUAAGGAUAUCGAAUGUUGGAUUGGAAAAUUCACUGAACUUUCGUAUUGAAGGACACAACAUGACGUUGGUGGAAGUAGAGGGUACACACACAAUGCAAGAGACAUAUACCUCACUUGACGUUCAUGUUGGACAAUCAUACUCUGUCCUCAUCACAGCUGAUCAAGCUCCUAAGGACUACUACAUUGUUGUUUCAUCUCGUUUCACGUCUAAGGUUCUGACUACCACAGGUGUACUUCACUACAGCACCUCUAACAACAUGGUCUCUGGCCCGAUCCCUAGUGGACCAACCAUUGAAGUUGGUUGGUCUCUUCACCAGGCCCGUUCUAUCAGGACUAACUUGACAGCUAAUGGACCAAGGCCUAACCCACAAGGCGCGUACCAUUAUGGUAUGAUCAAUACAACUAGAACUAUCAGACUUGCAACUUCUGCUGGCCAGGUGAAUGGUGAGCAGAAAUAUGCUGUCAAUAGUGUGUCGUUUGUGCCCACUGAUGAUACUCCAUUGAAGCUCGCUGACUACUUCAAAAUAGGAGGAUUCUACCCCGGAAACAUACAUGAUGUCCCCAUCGGUGGAAGAAUUCACCUCAACACAUCUGUUUUGCAAACUGACUAUAGGACAUUCAUUGAGAUUGUAUUCGAGAACAAGGAGAGUAUCGUUCAAAGUUGGCAUAUUGCUGGUUACGCCUUUUGGGUAGUAGGCAUGGACGGCGGACACUGGACUUCUGCAAGCAGGGACCAAUACAAUCUUCGUGAUGCAGUUUCACGUAGCACAACUCAGGUGUAUCCAAGGUCAUGGACAGCAAUAUACAUUGCAUUAGACAAUGUGGGAAUUUGGAACAUAAGAUCAGAGUUUUGGGCGCGACGGUAUCUCGGACAACAACUAUACAUGAGGGUAUACACAACAUCAACCUCCUUACAAGAUGAAUAUCUGAUUCCAAAUAAUGCUCUUUUAUGUGGCAAGGUGGCUGGAUUCCACAACAAGACCAUAUUAAACUAA